AUGUCGAAGCCCACGAAGGAUGAUGAAUCUUUCAAAUCGCAGAGCAAGUCAUCGUCCAACGAGAUAGCUCGGCAAAGUCCCAUGAGCAUGAGUCUCAGAUCUACCUCUCAGGAUCUUUCGCAGCACUCAAGUCUUCAAAAGUCGCCUCUUCUCGGCGUCACAGUUGCUCCGACCGAAUCUCACAUGUCACCACCUCCCAGUCUUCCUGACCUUCCUUUGCUGCAGACUUCUGUGUCUCCGGCUCUCAGACAAGUUCAGCCAUCAUCUACUAGUCCAACCCAGCCGGCGACUACACAAUCUCGGAAGCAGAAAUUGAGAAAUAUCCUGCCACUUCCAAGCACCAUGCGGAAACUUCGCUCUUCGAAGAAUAAACAGCCCUCCGAUUCUGAAGAUUCCCGGCCAGAGGAGACGGUCCAUGAAAUUCUUGUGCGAAGCAGAAAAGAGUCUGUGUUUGAAAGAUCGAGCCCUGGAGGGCUUCCAAGCCAAAAUCCGCUCCAGAAUCCUUUCCAGGAUCCAAAGACGCCCAACCAAGGGGCUCAGGCCCGCGAUGCAGGAUGGGCAUCAGUCAAUCCCCCUCGCGACCAUGCUCUUAGUUCUAGCGUGGACUUGGAAGGGCUGAGGCCGACCAUCGAAAAAUGGAAAGCUACGCCACCCAGGAAACCGAUGAACUACCAGCCAAUGGGAUUCGGUCCGCCAAAGAUAGAGCAGCAAAGCCCCGCCAGCCCUCCUGGGAAUUUGUGUGAGAACACCACACGCUGCCUGAACUCCACCUACGAUUCCGACAAGACUACGAUCGACCAUUUGAAGCGAGCACAGAAGAGACUGCGGGAGGACUACGAGCAAUUCGAAGAAGAAGUCGAAGAUAGUAUCGAGGUACAAGGUAUCGACGACAGGCAGCACAAGCGGAUUCGGCGGAUUAGAACGCGGCUCCGUGAUCAGUUUGAGGAACUUGGAAACGAUCUGGACAAUUUUGAGAACAAGAAAUACAAUGACCACAAGCGCGUGCUGGAAUACCUUGGCGCUGAUCCAAAGAAGUCUCAGUGA